AGAGUAUAAGGGAAACGUGUGCUUCGUCCUCUAUACUGAGAAUAAGCAAUGACGUGUUUUGCCCGCGAAAUAAUGUGACGCGGAUUAAAGAAACGUUACAUUACAAACUACCGCAUAUACGCAUGGUGGCGUUAGGUUAUGGUUUCUAGUAUGGUGUGUUGUUGGGAACAUACCCCUUGUCACCACAGCCUGGCGACGGAGAGUUGUGUCAAGCCUGGACAGCUUCGCUCCUCCUUCCUAAAACUCCGGAGGUGUUGCGCUCCUGCCAUUCAGUAAAAACACCGUCGCGUUCCUGAAGCUCAGACGUCUGCCUGGACGCAACCUGUACGGAACGGGGAGGCUCCGUGUGCGCGCCGUAUGGUGAUGUAUGCCGCAACUUCCCUUCAGGAGACACUGUUCCUGCCCGAUGAGUGACCGCGCAAGAGUCCUGAACGUCGUUCUUUGAUCGCGCUACUUUUGUGGAUAAAACAACGCGCGUUUUACGGGAUUCAAUCACAAAGGCUAGACAGUAAUCAGCGAUGCGACCAUUAUCUCCCCUGUGUCAUCUCAUCUUGUUUCACUUACUGUGUGGAUCUCUGAGUAGCAGAUGUCCUCAAGAGUGCUCAUGCAUUGCUGUUACUGCCAUCUUCUGUGUCCAGCAGAACUUGAGCAACAUGCCUCGUGGCCUGCCAUCAUCCGCAAAGGACAUCUUCGUCUUUCAGAACAAUAUCAUCACCUUGCAAAAGCAGGACUUUGUAGAGCUUGGCGAGAUUGUAAUGCUAGACUUAAGUCAGAAUGCCGUCAAUGAAAUCCCUGAUGGGGUGUUCAGCCCACUCUCCUCUCUACACAACCUGGAUCUCUCUUCCAACCAUAUCACCCACAUUUCCAAAGACAGCUUUGCUGGACUGGUUAACCUGGAAAGGCUGUAUCUCUACAGCAACCGCAUUCAGAGCAUUCACCCAGCUGCAUUUGAGGGACUAGAGAAUCUACUGGAGCUGAAGCUACAGGGGAAUCAGAUUAGUGUGUUGCCAGCUUUGAAACUGCCCAAGCUGCUCCACUUGGACCUUAGUUAUAAUAGUAUCCCACCUAUUGGACCUAAAGAUUUACAGACACCACACCUUGAGUCUCUUAAAAUAGCUGGACUGCGGUUGACCAGUCUGGAUGAGGAUCUGCUAAGCAGCCUGGUGAACCUACAUGUUCUGGAUGUUUCCCAGAACCUGCUUGUAGAAUUUCAACCUACAGUAAAGGUAAUGGGAGGUCUACGAAACCUCAAUUUAACUGGGAAUCCCUUGGGUUCCCUAAAACACGAAGACUUCCAAAAUUUGGCUAAUUUACUAGAGCUUGACUUGAGCAACCUUAAUUUGCAAGGCUUCCCCGAGGGCUUCUUCGGCCUUUUUCCCAAACUUGAGAAACUCACUGCAGCAGAAAACCCCUUUAACUGCCUUUGCCCACUUGCCUGGUUUCCAGCAUGGGUAAAAGAUGCCCAAAUAGAACUGCUGAGAAUGGAGGAGACUCGUUGCCACUUUCCACCAAUAACCUCAGGAAAGGUUUUGGCAAAGUUGGAACAUAAAGAUUUUGGCUGUCCCACUACCACCAUUGAGUUAACAAGCGCAGGGACAAGCAGUACAACAAGCAAGCCAACAAACUCCACCACACCAUCAGUUACAACGCAUGCCAUUCCUCCGGCGCCACCAAGUGAGAAGCCCUCAAAAGACACAGAUAGCUUUCCUCUUUCACAUACCACUGCCUUCCCCAGAGACAUCAUAGAAGAUUCUGAAGAAGAAGACAUUAUAUGCCCCUCCAAUAUCUGUCUAAAUGGGGGAACAUGUGUAUUUGACUCAAAUGGGGAGGUUGUUUGCCUGUGUCCGCCUUCAAUGUCAGGACUCUACUGUGAGAUUCAAAAUCCAAGCUUCCUUCCUCCACCUUCACCUAGAGUUUCUAUCGAGACCAUUGCUACAGUCCAGCCCAGCACAAUCAGCUCCCUUCACAUAACCAGCACUUCCAUUUCAUUAGACCUUCAUCGUUACAUCCACACACGACCACACAUCCGAGGAAUCCGUCUGACCUACCGAAACUUGUCAGGCCCCGACCGACGGCCAUUACAACUGAAUGUGCCUCCAACUUACCCUGAAUACACGCUUAGAGGGUUACAGCCAAAUAGCACCUAUUCUGUAUGUGCUAGUCCUCUAGGAGAGCCUGUCCAUGUUUCGGUUAGUGCCUGCAUGGAGGCUCGCACAGCAGGAAUCCCACCCUCCUUCCAUGAGCCAAGUGUUGACAGGACCGAACCUUCUUCCUCUCUCAUACCCAUCGUGGCAGCUGUGGCGGUGGUGAUGGUUGUGGCCAUCGUAGCUACUGUCGUGGUUAUCUGUCGCAGGAGGAGACCCAAGGCUCCAGUGGAUGUGGACUUACAUGAGACAUCUCCUUUGGAGGUAGAGGGAGUGAAAACAAAUCCAGAGAACGGUCUGAUACAUCCGAAACAACCCGACAUCACCCCUUGUCCAUCUUUAGUACAAAAUACCGUGGAAUACGAGGCACCUUUAAUACAAGGACAGUGUCCAGCCAACAAUAAUGUAGCUUGUACAAAACCUAUGUAUGUGUAAAAGCCAUAUUGAGCUAUUCAUACCUCCAGUCCACAGAGGGCAAUGUGCUCCAUGACUCCUGCAGGCGGGUGCAAUGCAGACACUAGAUAGACUCUGGUGGGUUGGUGAACAUUUUAAUGCAUCCCAGCCAAUUGCUUAAUCUGACUGCCAGUAUUUAAACCAGGUGCAUUUGCUAUCAACAUUUUUUACAGAUUCCUUAAAUUGCUUUUUAUAACCAUAAAUAUCAGACUAUAUCAAGAAUUUCUCUCUGAGAAGUGGCCAGACAUUACUAAAUACAAUGUUGAUAGGCUGGAAAGCCGGUUUCUUUAAAGGUAGCUCAUUAAUUGUGUAGCUGGCUCUGGAAGUGGUAGACAGGAGUCAAAAAGUCAUGUCUGGACGCCUGGACUUUUUUUUGUCCAGAAACAAAUUGCACUGAUCAGAGACACUGGGACUGUGCCUAAGAGGUGCCUAGAGAAGCUGAAACCAAUCAGCCUCUUAAAAGAUGCUUCAAACAGGUUUUAAACAUCCCUCUGUUCCUCUACCCCAUCUGUCCUGCACAGGAGAUUAUUUGCUGUGAAAAAAAAAAACAUGAAGAGACAUUUUCUUACAUUGUCUAGUUUACGCUGUUAUGUUAAAGCUGUGUUAAUAUGUUUUUGUAUUUUUAAAGGAACAGUUCACCAAAAAUAAAUUCUGGUAUUGACCUACCCUCAUGUCAUUCCAAACCCAAAUAAGUGAUCAACAGAUCAAAAAACAACUACUUUAGAAAGAAUGCCACAUGAGUUUGGGAAGAUUUUAGGGCGUGUAAAUUAAAUCAAAAUUUUAAUAUUUGCGUGAACUUUUCCUUUUUGGUUUUUUAGCUGUCGUAUUUGUUUUGACUUGUAAACAUGAGACUGUAGCAAACAUUCUUUCUCCUCUCACUUGAGUGCAACAAGUUAAAAUGCUUUUACUUCUAAAUAACAAACAAACUCACUUUAAAAGAGCGAAGUCUUCAUCCUGCGUCUGACAAAGAAACACUUUGCUAGACUAUAAACACCCGCGGCCAUUUUUGACCUCAAAUUCCACACAUUAACAAACACAUUAGUACUAUAUAAGGAUAUGGAUAACAAACGCUUUUAACAAAGCUGUUUUUUUACGUGUCAGCUUUCUAAAAAUGUCUUGUACUCAUGCUUCACGGGCCCCAAACACAGACAAACCAGGGGAAGUCUUUAAAGCCAGUUUUCUUUUUGUAUUCGUUGCCAAGCUGAAUGCAGAUGGCUGUGCUCAUUUGUUUCAACCAGACUAUGAACACUAACAAAAUACUAUGGUACAGUGAUGGUAUCGGGCGCUAAUAGCAUAUUUAAGGUAAUGAAUGAUGCAAAAAUAAUAUAAUCUAAUUUGUUUUCUUUAGGCUUCCCUAAAAAGUAAGAGUUUACUUCAGAAAAGAAUAUAACAAGACCCAUGCACAACGAGACUGAAACAUUUUCUCUGUGAAAGUGCGAAUGCGUUUAAGCCAAAAGUGUCAAUGUGGAAUCGCAUGUUUAUGAGCAUUAUCAGCGCAGCAAAGUUGUGUUAAGAGAAAUGGAGCCAGUAAUCUAAUCUAAAGUGAGGAAAGGUCAAUUGUCAAAUUCUCCCCACUCUCAGCAGCCUCUUUUUUAGCCCUGCACCACAUAUCUGUGACCGCAUGCAGUACGUUCGCUGAAGAUGUCAGCGUCUCUCGCACAUCUAAACGUUUGAACUGGAAAGAGGAACAGCUUUACACAGCAUGAGGGGCUUCAAAUAUUUGAAACACUUUCAAAACCGCUUUCAAGUCCCAUGCUUACUUUGGGAUGCUUGUUGUUUCUCUCUUUUGUCGUGCACAAAGCCAAGUCUUCUCUCUUUUUUUGGAUGUAAAAAUGUGUACUCCUUGGAAGAAAAAAUGUGACAUCUGUUGAGAAAAUAAAAUGGAAAAACCA